AUGGCGGAUGUUUACGAUAUCAAUGUUGUCCUUGGGGAUGAGGAUGUAUAUGAGAGAGCGUCUACAGUUCCUACGACGCCUGAGGGGAGCUGCACUUUCAGCCCUGUCGUCAGAGCGGCGAGUCGGCUGGUGAUUGACGCUGACGACGCGGGCGAGGAUGUCUUUCCUCAGCUCGAUACGAAGGCCGAGGAGGUGAGAUUUACUGGCAACGGUGACAGAAAUACGGUUCGCAACAUCUGCUGUGUAGGGGCUGGCUAUGUGGGAGGGCCCACGGCGUCGGUCAUCGCCUUCAAGAACCCUCACAUCCGCGUCACGAUCGUAGAUAGAGAUGAGCGCCGGAUCAGGAGAUGGAACUCAAAGCAUCCCCCCAUCUACGAGCCUGGCCUGCGAGACAUUGUCCGAGUUGCGAGGGACGGCACCAAGGGAUGUUCAGCACCAAUUCCCAGCGAUCCCGCCAGAUUGGACCGCUGCGAGACUUUCUCACCAUCAUCAUCAGUCACCUCUGAGUGCGGAAGUCAAUGUGGCGAGAGCAGCAACAUCUCAGUCCCGCCCAGGCAGCCGAACCUCAUCUUCUCCACAGAUGUCUCAAGAUGCAUCUCAGAAGCGGACGUGGUCCUCAUCGCAGUCAACACUCCGACAAAAACGCGGGGUCACGGCGCCGGCAGCGCAACGGACAUGGCGGCAUUUGAGGCCGUCACCGCCGAGGUGGCCAGGCACGCGAGACCGGGGGCUAUCAUUGUAGAAAAGUCUACCGUCCCAUGCCGGACCGCAGAGCUUGUGCGAGAAACACUCGCCGCCCACCGACCAGGCGUACACUUUGAAAUCCUCUCCAACCCAGAGUUCCUCGCGGCCGGGACAGCCGUAAAUGACCUCCUGCACCCAGACCGCGUCCUCAUCGGCGCAAACACGACGCCCUCGGGCCAUCGCGCAGCCGAGGCGCUGGCGAGGGUAUACGCCGCCUGGGUCCCCCGCGCACGCAUCCUAACGACAAACGUCUGGUCCUCUGAGCUCGCGAAGCUAGUCGCCAACGCGAUGCUCGCGCAGCGGAUAAGCAGUAUAAACUCCAUCAGCGCAAUCUGCGAGCGGACGGGCGCAGACGUGGAUGAAGUUGCUGCCUCCAUCGGCCGGGACCCGCGCAUCGGGGAUAGAUUCCUGAAAGCGGGCAUCGGAUUCGGGGGUAGUUGUUUCAAGAAGGAUAUCUUGAGUCUGGUGUACCUUGCCGAGUCACUUGAUCUCGACGAGGUCGGGGAGUAUUGGCGCCAGGUGGUCAAGAUGAACGAGUACGCCCGCGAGAGGUUCACGAGGCGCGUGGUCAAGUGUUUGAACAAUACCCUGGCUGGGAAGAAGAUUACGGUGCUUGGGUACGCUUUCAAGAAGGAUACGUCGGAUACGAGAGAGUCACCUGCGCUGGAGAUUAUUCGGGCAUUGUUGGAGGAGGGACCUAGGGAGAUUGCUGUGUUUGAUCCGUGCUGUAAUCCUCUGGUCAUUCAAGCGGAGAUCCGGCAGCUCUGCGGGUCGCAGACGAUGACAUCGGGGCAAGACGGCGGUGAUGCUGGACCCUUGGUCGUGUACGGGAACGCGUACGACGCUUGUCGUGGUAGUAACGCGGUCCUCAUCACAACCGAGUUUGACGAGUUUCGGAACACGGGUGAGCUCGGCGUCAGGGAUACGCCGGGUUCUGCGGCUUCUUCUUCUGCUUCUCCCCACGGAAGCACGACAUCGCGGGCGGCGGAGGCGGUGGGCCAAGAGCUUCGGCAGCCGGAUGUGAGACUAGCGCUGGAUAAGGGGGGGAUGGGCGCGGCGACUUUGGAUGAUCCGCUUGGGCGAUACUUUGCUGAGCCUGCUUGUGCGGGAGAUUGCCCGGAUUGUCGGGCGGAGGAGGAGGAUUGCAAGGUCUCGGGGUUUGCUACUAACGGCCCGGGAGUGGAAGCGGGGAAGACGGUCAAGGAGAGGGUUGAUUGGGAGAGUGUGGCGGGAGAUAUGCAGGCUCCGAGGUGGGUGUUUGAUGGGAGGGGGGUGAUUGAUGCUGAUGAGAUGGCCAAGCUGGGGGUUCGAGUAGAGAGUGUUGGGAGACGGGGGAGGAGUUGA